GUUUCUUCGGUGAGGUGGCGAAAAAAAUACAAAACUACAGACAUAAGAAGCAAUUACAUUGUUCGUGCACCUCAACGUGGACGAUGGUGAGUCUAUAAAGGGCAGUGAAGAACCCUCCAUAGCUUACAGUGCACUGGAGGAUUGUGUCGAGAACGGUCGACGCAGAGCACCAAGAUGAUGCAAGUAACCCUCUGGAUUGCCAUUUCGGUGGCGGUUGUUCAGAGUGCACCGCAGCAAUUUCUGUUGCUCAGUCCUCGGGCACAAUAUGCCCUGCAACCAGCCUUGAAUCAACAGCAACCGGUUAUUGCGCCAAUUAAUCAGUUGGGAAGAAUCGAAUCAGGCAAUCAGCGAAUCAUCCUCUACUACCCUAAUACUCCCAAUGCCAAUAGGCCACUAAUUACUUUCCAGCGUCAGGAUGGUAGUGGCUUCGAUAUCUUCCAGAUCAUUAACAAUUGGUGGACUGAGCAGAGUCAGCAGCAGAGACCACAGGGAUCCUCAACACAGGCACCAACAUCCCAGCCACAAGCUGCACCACAGCCUUCACCGGAUCCUUCACAGCCUCCAUCCACUCAGUCAUCACCAGCCCAGUCUGCCUCUACGCAGCCACCAUCAGCUGAGUCUGGAGUACAACAGGCUAAUCUCCCUCAAGGGAUCUUAACUCGUCCUGCAACCCUUCCACCAACUCCAUCUCAAAAUCCAAAUGCAGAGCGAAUUUCCCAAGAUACAGCGCAAAACCCACAAGCCCCAGCACAACCUCAGGCUCCCCAGAUACCGCAAAUUCCUCAAAUUCCUCAAAUUCCACAAAUUCCCCAGAUACCUAAUAUUCCUCAAAUACCUGGGAUACCUCAGAUUCCUAAUUUGAUUCCUCAGGGUUCUCAGGGUUCUCAAAAUACUCAAGGCAGUCAGGGUUCUCUAAUCCCCCAGAUUCCACAAAUUCCCCAGAUACCUAAUAUUCCUCAGAUACCAGGAAUACCUCAGAUUCCUAAUUUGAUUCCUCAGGGUUCUCAGGGUUCCCAAAAUACUCAAGGAAGCCAGGGUUCUCUAAUCCCCCAGAUUCCACAAAUUCCCCAGAUACCCAAUAUUCCUCAGAUACCAGGAAUACCUCAGAUUCCUAAUUUAAUUCCUCAGGGUUCUCAAGGUUCCCAAAAUUCUCAAGGUUCUCAAGGUAGCCAGGGAUCUCAGUUAAUUUCACAAUUUCCCCAGAUACCUGGAAUAAAUCAGAUUUCUAAUUUGAUUCCUCAGAGUGCCCAAGGUUCUCAGAAUACUCAAGGAACACAGGGUUCCCAAGGUAGUCAGGGUUCUCAGAUCAUUCCGCAAAUUCCUCAGAUACCUAAUAUUCCCCAGAUACCAGGAAUACCUCAGAUUCCCAAUCUUAUUCCCCAAGCUCCCCAGGGUUCUCAGGGUGGUCAAAUUCCACAGAUUCCAAACAUUCCUCAGAUACCAGGAGUACCACAAAUACCUAAUAUUCCGCUUCCACAACUUCCUCAAAUAUCGGGACUUCCUAAUUUACAGCUCCCUCAAUUACCUCAGGGAUCCCAGAUGCCACAGGCACCUCAGAAUCAGCAAAGUGGUCAAGCAUCUCAAUCUCCCCAAAUUCCAAACUUACAAAACCCUCAAGCUCCACAGAUAGCUCAACUUCCAAUUUCUCAAUUGCCAAAUUUCCAAAUACCUCAGAAUCCUAAUCUUGGCUUACCUGGCAUUCCCAAUGCACCACUUCCCCAAAUACCUCAAUUACCCCAGUCUGCGCCACCGGCUGAUGACAGAGUGUUUGUUCUCGCAGGACAGCCUCAGUUCUUUGGAAAUUACGAUGCUUUUGCCAGUCCUUUGAAUCCCAUAUACAGUCUUCCACCGCCUCAGAAUCUUAUUCUUGGAGCGAGAUCUCAAGACAAUGAAAUCCCGAGAAAUAAUCAGAACGAUGCUAUUUCAAGUUCUAGUGAUAUCUCGGAAAUGUCUUUGAAAGCUGAUCCAGAAGAUGAACCUGGAGAUGGUGCCAUAAUGGAGGAGAAGGAAUUUAUGUUGGAUGAACGCAGCCAAUUUGAGGAGGCCCCUAAAGAGGACGAAGAGCCAGAGAAGACUGAAAUGUUGGAAGAAGAAAAUCUUGAACUCCGUAGAGAGGAACCCAGUAAUGAGGAGUCACUAAUGGAAGAUCCUGAUAAGGACUACAUGCAGAUGAGGGAAAUGGCAAGGGAGCAACCUGAAUCACUGAAGCUUGAACCUGAAAACCCAAGUGUAGCUCAGGCAGCUCCUGAGAGUAUUGCUUUUGCUGGUAUUGGAGGUGUUGCUUCAGCUCAACCUAUGGCUACAGCAGCAUCCCUGGCCAAGGAUGGUCUUGCUUUUGCCGCUCCAACAGCCACCUCUGUUGCCGGAGAGUUUCUCGAGAUUCCUGAGGCCAAGGAGGCAGACCCGGCAGAAGAAAAAGACGAAUAGAUCCUACUAUCAACAACAUCAGAAAUGUACAGAGAAUUUUCCACAAAAAAAAAAUCAGGAGCGGCUGUAUACGGGAUCGAAGAAAUUCUCAACAGAAUCUCAUUGAUCAUCUCAUCGAGUAUCAUCUCAUCACAUCAUCGAAAAAAAAGAAGUCAUACAAAUAUAUGUAAAAUGCCAUGAAAAAAAGUAUUAAAAUAAAUGAUCUCCGAUCAAUGAAA